CAGUCUUAAGAAGUCACCGUCCGUCAAAUGUGACCAGCCGCAGUAAUCUACAAUGACUCGGUGACAGGAAUUAUUUUAUGUCGUGAUGACCGACGAGGAGUGAAGCUAUGUCAUCCAGAGGAGGAUCAAGUGUGCCAAAGUUCACUUCAUUCAAGAAGAACUCUGAACCCCUAAUCCCAACCCCAGCAAAGGAUGAAGAGCAGGAGAAAGACUGGCAAGAGGAUCGUCGCGUGAGACGAGAAGGAAAACCUCGCGAUACUGGAAGGCAUAAACGCUCGAAAGACCUUGGUCGGGCCUCAGACGGUCGCAGCACAGAGAGCGAAAGAGAACCAGAGUCCAAGUAUGAUGUCAUCCACCGCCCAGCGCCGCCUCAACCAGCCACCGAUGAGCUCUUCACUAUCGACAAACGCGGAGAUCCUCUGAUCAGGCGGUACGGUGCCAAUGACCGUUAUAAAGUUCCUGCCUACCGCAGAUUUGGCGCCGGUCGCCUUCUGGGAUCAAAGUCCUUCUUCAGAAUUGACCGUAGCGGAAACCGUGAAGUAUUCUUCCUUCGUGGUUAUGGUGAAAACGGCUCACAACUCAGUCGCGACCGCAAGACCGUGCUAGCCAAGGUCGGCCGAGCCAGGUCUGAGCUGGUGCGAGUCCGGCCGGACAAAGUACAGACAUUUACUGGGGCCGAGGAUUUCCUUCCGCUGAAACAAUUAAGAAAGCGAAAGCGCACUCAGUCAGGGUCAGAUGGGUCUGCGAGCAACGAAGGACCCUCAUACAGGUCCAUACAUGGCAUGAGCAAGAAACACGAAAACUCCGAUAGUGACGAGGCAUACGGCAGCGAUAUUUCUACGGAGUUCGAUCUAACAGAUACGAAUGACCCAAUCAAGUUGAAGAAUAUUCAGCUGACAGCCCGGGUCAAGGAGCAACCAGACGACAUUGAUGCUUGGGUUCAACUAGCAGAGCACCAAGAUAUCAUACGUGAUUUGAAUAGCCCUGAAGGGCGUGCUGCCACCCAAGCAGAAAUCAAAAGCUACGCGGACAUCAAGCAUUCUAUGCUUGAAAAGGCGUUGAAACAUUCGAAAACGCCUGAGCAGGCUGCAAAUUUGCGCCUGCGUAUGAUGCAGGAAGGGUCUAAAAUAUGGGACCUCAAGAUUGUCACACAACGAUGGGAAGAGCUCCUAGCCGACCAUGGUGCCAAUUUCGAGAUAUGGAAGGCAUAUAUGACUUUCAGACAAGUCAACCUAUCCACAUUUCGAUAUGACGAGACGAAGCAGCUAUAUACCGAAAAAAUACGAGCGACAGCAACAGAAAUGGCGGAGCAUUCAUCUGAGUCACGGAAGAUGUCCUUGUAUGACCAGCUUAUCGUAGUAUUCUCGAGAGCAACACACUUCAUCGCAGACUCAGGCUAUGCAGAGCUGGCUGUAGCAGCAUGGCAAGCUAUGCUCGAGCUUCACUUCUGUCGGCCGGUCGCAUUGGCCAAUGCCUCCCCUUCGUUGAGUUUGUCGGGUCUACAGACGUUCUGGGAAAGCGAAGUAGCGCGUAUUGGCGAUGAAAAUGCGAAAGGAUGGGGUAUAUUUGAAAGUACUGGAGGUCGCGAGGAUCCACCAGAACCCAAACUCUUUGAUUCCAGCAUUCCUUCUAGUACGAGAGACCCUUACAAAGCGUGGGCAGCUUUUGAGAGGCAUAGAUCUCAAGAUGCGAAGAUCCCAGCACGCACCAUGGAUGAUGGGACGGAAGACGACCCAUAUCGUGUCAUCAUGUAUUCCGACAUAGAAGACCUAUUGUUCUUCAUUCCAACUCCCUCUUUAUCGCUCGUACAGGAACAGCUAUUGGAUGCAUUCCUGCUUUUCUGCCAGCUCCCUCCCGUAUUUGGUUCUAGCGUCCCGAUAAGGACUCUACUUCAGGAUCAGGUUACUCAUGGUGGUAGCACUGGAUUUAUAGUGCAAGAAUACGAACCUGAGCUGCAAGACGAUGCUCCCGGAGGUAUCAAGCCACCUAUAUUCGAUCAUUAUUUCCGAACCAUGGCAAAAUCUCUGGACGUCAUGUUCUCUUAUCAAUGGUUCAGCUACAUGAAACCACUCCCUGGCACCAUUUCAUCUUGGCAAUACACUGUGGUAUCGAACGUGUUGAAGCACCUGACAUCGACUUUUCGUAAAACGGAGCUUGCAACAUACUAUCUUUGUUUCGAAAGUACAAAUAACACAGGAAGCAUCAAGAAAGCCGCCAAAACGCUUCUGAAAAAGGAGUCGAAUAAUGUAGAUCUCUACAUUGCGUUUGCCAGAUCAGAGUUCACCAAGGGAAGCCAAGACGUAGCUAUGAACGUGAUUCCAGCUGCUCUAGGCUUGAAAGACCUGACGAUGCAUGACCGAGUGCGGCUUUGUAGCACCUGGGCGUGGAUGGAGCUGGAGAACAAUGGUAUUCUUCAGGCGUCAAUGCGACUGUGCCAGGCCUCAGAGGAUGCAGCAGUCAACGAUACAAUAUCACCGCUUCAGGUUCUUAAGGUUCGGCAGCUGUUGACAAGGAACCGCGAUCAUUUCGUAUCCUCUAGAGAGCCAGACAUCGCUUUGAUCUACGCUGAGGCCUUGGCUCUCCUCGAAUACACCACAGGGAAUAGCGGUAAAGAACCAAAGUCUGGAAAUCAAGGUGAUAUAUGGUCUGUUAUAGCAAGCGUCACGUUGUGUUCGGAAAGCUUCAUCUCCCGUGGAUUCUCGCGGCACUUGGCACAUGAAAAGUUGUUGCAGUCCUCCGCACAUCUUCUUUACUAUCAUGCUAGCCACGGUUCGUACAGACCAGCAUUCUUCCGCCAAACCAUAGCGAGCUACAUUCGACUUUUCCCAAGGAACACGGUCUUUUUAAGAUUAUAUGCCUGGCGAGAGGAGCGCCUCAGCAUAGAGGAUAGAGUACGUGCGAUUCUGGACGAAACCGUACUAACAUCUACAGACGACUGUGUCAGCAGCCGAGUCUUCGCCAUAGAGCACGAGAUGGUCAGGGGAAACCCUCAUUCCACUCAUGCAGCCUUUGAGCGAGCAGUAGAAAGCGAUGUCUGCAAGCAUCACAUCGGGAUAUGGAUAUCGUACAUACGGUAUUGUCACCAAAAGAAGGAGCUGCGGCCGAGAGCUAAGGAUGUGUUCUAUCGUGCAAUUCAGAGAUGUCCGUGGUCAAAGGAAGUAUUUAUGGAAGCAUUUUUCACACUGAUAAGGGAGAUGGACUCCUUGGAGCUAAAAUCAGUCUAUCAUACUUUCUGCGAUAAAGGCUUGAGGGUACACGUUGAGCUCGAUGAAUUUGUUCAGCAAUGGAAGCUGGUUCAGAGAUGAUAGGCAAGUCAACAAUGGUCUCGACUGUCAUUACCGUCUUGCCCCCAGAAUUCUAGGAUGAUGCAUAUUCGUGGGAUUUUCAAUAAACGCCGAUAAUGAUCGUUGUCCGUGAUGAUCUCCGGUCUGCUCAUAUCGUGCCGUCGAACCAUUGUUCAUAGCCAGCUGUUAACUCCGAUGUCUGGGAAGGUUCCAACGGUGAGGCAAUUUUGAAGGUCAUAUCGUAUACAUUUUAUCAUGAUGUCAUUCGAGCAAUGCCCACCUGGGGACCCGCAUACAAACAGUUCUGCUUCCCACG